AUGGUAAAUUUUUAUGUCGUUCCUCUAGUUAUAAAACUCUUGUUGCUGUUACUGAAUAUCAUCUCCCAUUGCACUCAGUUUCCACAAGCUAUGGAUAUUCUUCUUGCUGAAUUCCACAAAGCUUGCAUUUACACUGUCCCAAAGCAUAUUGUAAACUCACAGUCAGCUUGGGACUCAGACGCAUAUCAACGCCUAGAUUCCAUAAUGAGACUCUACGGUGCACUUGUCCAGACGGAUAUACGAAAUGUCACAAACAUUCAUGGGAUUGAACAUGGAUGGGCUUGGUUUGCCCGUUUCCUUAACAAAAUCUCAGCCAACAACAGAGCUACCGCAACUGCCUUAAAUGCAUAUAUAUAAAAAGGGUCUUUAGAUCAUAACCUGUGGUAUCUGUUUGUGUGUAUAGACGGCAGGGUUUGGUCUUCAUCAGAGGUACAAAUCUCAGUUGUUGAAAGUUGUGAGCGUUGUCAGAGCUCAUUUCUUGCAAAAAUUGAGGGCGAAAAAGGACACAUCGGAUCUUCAAGCGAUCAUACUCGAUAUUAGAUGACCGAAUGUAUCUCAAGGAACCUGAAGGAAGAGCUCUCAAGGCAAAUACUUUUGUCGGCGGAGUUUACUGCUGAAGUAGAUCAGCAGCACUACCAGAGGAAUCAUUACAGCAACUAUUAUUGAUUGAUGAUGUAUCUUCCGUUAAAUAGAAACCUAUCUGAUCAGUCACUGUUGUAACAAUUGAUAACUAC